UCUCGCUCCCACUCCCGCUGAGAUUUGAAGUUUGUUUGGUUUGCUGGGCAAAAGGAUCUUUUCGAAGCUGUUAUUCUAACGUUUAAGCCAUAAUGAGCCGUGAGAAGCCAUCUGUGUUGAUAGACAUUAUUUCUGACACCGUCUGACCAUGGUGUUUUGUUGGAAAACGCCAUCUGGAGGAGGCCAUGAAGGUGUUUUCCAACGACUUGUCAUUUGUGGUGACAUGGAAGCCUUUCUUCCUGAACCCUACAACUCCUGAGGCUGGUAUACCUCUCAUUCAAUACCUGACACAAAAAUAUGGACCAAGGGCAGGUGCCAUGGCCAAGGAUGGGACUAGUCCUCUGACAAAAGCUGGGUUGAAUGUGGGCAUCAAUUUCACAACAGAUCGUCUCAUAGUCAACACUUUAAAAUCUCAUUGUAUGCUGGAUUAUGCCAAGUCAGAGGGGAAGCAAAAUCUUCUGGCAGAGAACCUUUUCAAAAUAUAUUUUGAACAAGGAAAGAAUAUCAAUUCCACUGAUGUUUUGGCACAAGUUGCAGUAGACACUGGGCUCAACAUAGAUGCUAUGGAAAAGCACCUGAAGGACAAAUCAGUUGUUUCACGAGUGCAAGAGGAAGCCAUGGAGGCUCAUGAUGAAGGAGUCCAUGGAGUGCCUUUCUUCAACAUCCACCUUAAAGGAGAAAGCCAGAAGAUUGCUGGAUUCUCAGGUGCACAACCACCUGAGACAUUCAAGAGUAUCUUCCAGCAGCUGCUGAAUAGAUUCAAAGCUAGUGUUUAAGGUCACACUUCUGACGUAGUUCUACUCUUUUGCACAUUGUUAGCUAAUAAUACUUUUGAAAAAAGAAGCUUUUAGAGCAAGGGUUUUUUCAGCAUUAUGGUAUAUAUAUAAUCAAGAAAAAAAAAGUCUUCUAGGUUACUCAAAUCCAGUUUCUGUGGCAAUAUUUUGACCACUUUCCUUCUGGUUAGCUUGGCUUGUGCUCAUCCAAAGCCUGGAUAUCUUAAGAGACCAGGCAUUGUCUUCUGAAAACUUACCUUUGUUUUAAUGCAAGGCUGCUAACUCUUCUAGUCUUCUUGUACUUGAUGAGUUCAAGUGUCUAACAUGAUUACCUUUGAGAAAACAUAUUCUCAAGGGUUUGAUGAUAAGAAUUACAAGGAAUUCAAGACAGUACAAGACAACUGAAACUUAAAACACAUUUCAAUACACGUUGUAUGACACAGUUUAGGCCUACAGUGAUAUGUUAUUUCUUAAGAUGGAUGUAGUUAGUUAAAAUUUCAAAAGAAUGCAAAACCCAUUGGACCAAGCAGGUUAGAAAGCUGUAAUGUUUUAUGAGGCUUGGAACAGUAAUGUCAGUGAAGGUCUGUGACUAAAUGAUUAUCUUGGGAUAAAUUUGUGGUCAUUCUAAGAUUUGAUGUUGACUGUCACAAAGAUGUGGAGGGUGUUUGUGAGUGGCCUCACGUUAAAAUUGAUUUGUAAAGGGACUUUUGCACCAGUCAUUGGGCAUAUGAAAGUAACUGUAGACUUAAUGUAGAUGACAGCUUUGGAGUAAAAGUGCUUGCUAAAACUUCA